AUGUAUGUGCGUCCAGGAGGCGCUAAAAUUACAAGACGAGACAAAUAUCCUCUCGAGAAAUUGAUGGCAGAGGAAGGAGACUCUAGGACUGCCAGUAUUUUUCUUGAAAAUGGAGGUGAAACUACAGUUAGUGCAGCAGAACCAUACCUGUGGUACAAGAAAGAUGGAGUUCGAUUAGUUCCUGUCAGUGCUAGGCCGGGAGUUAUACUUCUGAGUGGAUCAUUAUAUUUCCAGCAAGUUAACGUAAGAGAUUCUGGAACAUAUGUCUGCGUUGUAAACAACAGCGCUGGAGAAAAACGAAUGGAGAGUUUGCUAACAGUAACAGCUCCAUUAUCGGCUCACCUGCACCCCAAACGGAUCCUUGUGGAUGCCGAGAAGCCGGUCACCCUGAAGUGCAACAUAUCCGGAUUUCCCGUAGAUUCCGUCACGUGGAUGAAGGAUACGCGAACUUUGGCUGACAAUUCCGGAAGAGUGAGGAUGCUUACACGUGACAUAAUCCACAUCAACUCUGUUGGAAGGGAGGACAGGGGAGUAUAUCAAUGUUUUGUCAGAAACGCUGAGGACUCUGCUCAGGCUUCAGCGGAAUUGGUACUCGGAGAAACAGCUCCAUCAUUUCAUGAAACUUUCUCAGAGAGAACCCUGCGACCUGGACCAGCUGUUUCUUUCCAGUGUGCAGCUUCAGGAACACCCUUACCUCAGGUCACGUGGUCCUUAGAUGGAUAUCCUGUACCAGAUAACGACAGGGUGCGAGUUGGAGAUUAUGUCAGUCGUAAUGGCGACGUAAUUAGCCAUGUCAACAUAUCUAUUGUCCGCAUAGAAGAUGGUGGCCUUUAUAGCUGUGUAGCCAAAAACGAUGUAGGAGAAAUUCGACAUGCUGGACGGCUUAAUGUUUAUGGACCACCUAUGAUACGCCCGAUGCCGGAUUUAUCCGUUGUGGCCGGAGAGAGCGCUUCUGUCCAGUGCAGAGUUGCCGGAUAUCCCAUUGAUGAGAUAAUGUGGGAAAAAGGUAAUGAACUUAAAGAAAGUGUCAAAGAAGAGAAAUCAUGACUGAAUUGCAAUCAAAAACAGAAAGAGUUUGAAGAUAGAGAAAUUAUUUUACCUCGCGGGCAAAAAAG